AUGUUAUAUGAUUGGAGCAAGGGAACUGGUAAUUUCAUGGAGCGAUACUCCAAGGAAUUGGAAGUGGACAUCUCAUGUAGAUUCCAGGUGAGGAAUUCUCGAGCCUUGGAUCAGCGAAUGGAAUUAUCAGGCUCUUUAAUCGAGAGGAAUAUAGUGAUACUGCAAAACGAGCUAGACAUUUGCAUCUUCAACCAGUGGAGCCUCCACUGUGGAGGGUGGAAAUCAAGCCAUCCAAACAAAUUUUGUACAGAGUUUAAUCUUGGAAUUAUCAUUAAAAGUACUCAAGGGGACAGAAGGCAAUUGGUAGUUGGCAGAGGAUAUAUAUCCAAGCUCCAGCGUACGCACAGAGGGAAGAAAAAGGAGUCCAGUGGUUGGGUGAGUUUUGCUUUGGUGCUAUGGUGCAGUGGAGGUGGUUGGGUGAGUUUUGCUUUCGUGGUCAGUUUUAUGCACCGCCGUGAUAUGGUUGGGACGGUGGUGGAUGCUUUGAUGCGAAGUGUGAACGGCGCCAUGGUGUGGGUGUUGGAUCGGGGUGUUAAGGAUCUGUAA